ACCGAGUGGUUGCAUCAGUCAGUGUGACCUAUCAAGACCAUCUUAUAAUAGGAUCGUCUUUACGCUUUGAAAAACCAACAACAAGAGACAACAUCGUCAUGAUUCUUUUAUGGAUUAAACUGCUUCUUCUCUGUCAAGGAUAUGCCGGAAUCUCAGUAACAACAGUUCAGCUUGGUGAACCUGUGACCUUCACAUGUUUUUGCCCUGAAACAGAGUUUAGCAAUACACAAGUCAAGUGGUACAAACAGAGGAUUGGUGAUAGCCUUACAUUAAUUAGUACGCUGGUGAAAAGUACUUCAUAUCCUACCUUUGAAAAAGGGUUUCCUCCCUCAAGAUUUCAUGUAAACCAUACCAUAACCACAAGUAUUCUGACCAUUCUGAGGACAAUCCAAGACGAUGAGGCAGUGUAUCACUGUGCAGUAUCUACCUGGAGAAUGGAUCAGUGGAAUGGCACAUAUUUGUCUUUCAAAGAAAACACUCAGAGGAUGUCAGACUACACUGUUGUUCAGUGGCCGACAGUAUCUGAUCCGGUUCAUCCAGGAGACUCGGUAACUCUCCAGUGUUCAGUCCUCCCUGACUCUAGGGAGAAGUCCUGUCUAGGGGAUCACAGUGUGCUCUGGUUUGGAGUCAGAUCAGAUAAAUCUCAUCGAAACAUAAUUUAUGCUGACGGAAAUAGACCUUAUGAAUGUGACAAGAAACCUGAUGCACAUUCUCCCCCAAAGAGCUGCAUUUAUCACUUCUCUAAGAACGUCAGCUCAACUGAUGCUGGGACUUACUACUGCGCUGUGGCCACAUGUGGAAAAAUAUUAUUUGGAAAUGGAACAAAACUGGAGAUCCGAGAAACCAGCUUGUGGUCCUUUGGGCUUUUACAGGAAAAUGUAAUUCUGCUUCUCCUGUGUGCUGUCUUGGCUAUAAGUCUGAUUGUUAUAGCCAUACUCAUUUAUACCAUCAACAAGAACAAGUGUGAUUAUUGCAAUGCUGAUGUUUCCCUGCAAGAAAGUGUUGCAAAAUGGAAUUUAAAGAGAAAGGAGGACACAAUUAUUUACUCAGCUGUCAUCUUUACCAUGAUGAAAACUGGGAGUGGUGGAACAAGGGAUGCAAAAGUUGUGGGCAGAGAGAGAACCUAUGCUGCUGUCAAGGCUUUUGGUUUUGAUUAUUGAGUUAACAGUACUAUUUGAGAUCAGUUACCAUCAUAUGUGAUAGUUGAUGUUAUUCUGUUUAAAGCUAAAGGCUGUUGUUAUAUGUGGCUAUUAUGUAAUGUUAUACACAGAAUAUACACUUGGUUGUCAGUUUAUUAAGUUCACCUAUCUAAUACUAAUGCAGUCUCUUACAACAGUCCCACAAUAAAUCCUUCUCCAUGAGGGUUAUAAUGUUUUGUUUUUAUUGACACCAUCUUUGAAAGCUUUUACAUGGCUGCUUCUAAAAUCAGGGUAUAGCAAUACAUAAGUCAAGUGGUAUAGCGUAUUGGUUAUACCCUUCCAUUAUGACUACGCUGAUGAAAGCUACUGCAUAUCCUACUUUUGAAAAAGGGUUUCCUCCCUCAUGAUUUCAUAUAAACCAUACUAUAACCAAAAAGUAUUCUGACCAUUCUGAGGACUAUCAAAGACAAUGAGGCAGUGUAUCACUGUGCAGUAUCUACAUGGAGUAAGGAUCAGUGGAGAGGCAUAUAUUUGUUUAUAAAAGGUAAUACAUGUGUCUGUGUAGAAUCGCAAAUAUCAGAAUUUUCUGUGUCAUAACAUUGCUCAUUUACGAUUUCAACGUCCAUUAUGACCCUUUGACAUUUCCAUUUUGAUGUUCCAACUUUGCUUAAUAAAUUACAUGAUACAGACGACCUUUAACCAUUUGCACUUGUAUUUUGUUCUAACAAAAGUGGUGAGUAAUUCUAAAUAUGUGGGUCAAAUUUAA